GCUCUGCGCAUGAUCUGCGACACCACGGGUCGCGACUUCGCUGGCCUUGGUGUGGCCGCACGCACGCUCUUCAAAGACAAGUCCCAGCGGUCGUUGCGGCGGAGGCUCGAGCACGUCGACACCAGCUUCGCCCUCGUUCGGAGAACCAGCCUCGCGAUGGUACUGAUCCCCAUCAUCGGCUUCAACUUCCUGCAGGUGCUACUCGCGAUCAGAAUGUUCCACAUGGCGCUGAUGGUGCUGUUUCCGCCGAGCGACUCGUGGACGUUCAUUGUGGCCUUCCCGAACCGCGUGAAGCAGUUCGCGCUGGUCCACGUGAUGACGACUCGCCUCCAGUUCCUGCUGAUGCUGAGCGUGUCGUGGAUGUCCCUGGUGAUUUUCCUCACGAAUCGCGUGAAGCUGUUCGUGCUGGUCGACUUGACGACGGCUUGCCUCCAGUUCGUCAUGCCCCCGCUGAGCGACUCGUGGAUGUUCGCGGCGACCUCUCUGCCGAAUUGCGCGAAGCUGUUCGUGCUGGUCGACUCGGCGAUGUCUCGCUUCAGGCCGAAUAUCCCUCGGAGCCAGAUCGUGAUGCGCCUGGCGAUGCCUUUCCG